AUGGCCACCGUCCAACCCCAAUCGCCAGCGGGCCCCGCCCCUUCUACCCCGCACAAGGGGCGGCAUGGUAACGCCCCCAAUCCGCCCGCCGCCUCCGGCGAACCCCCCGCCGCGGCGGGUCCGGGCGGCGAGAUCGCCGCGCUCGACAAGCAGCUCGCCGUCGGCGGCGAGGAGAGGAAGCCGGGUGGAGGCGCAAGCGCCGGCGCACGCGGGGGAGGGAAGCUGGUAGCGGAGGCCAUGCGCAAGUACGCCGCGCCGCGGUCGUCGCGGUUCCACGGCGUCACAAGGCUGAAGUGGAGCGGCAAGUACGAGGCGCACCUCUGGGACAACACCAGCCAGGUCGAGGGCCGCAAGCGCAAGGGCAAGCACGGCAGCUAUGUUACUGAAGAGCAGGCUGCAAAGGCACAUGAUUUGGCAGCCCUUAAAUAUUGGGGCACAGGUCCAAACACCAAACUGAACUUCAGUAUUUCUGACUAUGAGAAAGAAAUCGAGAUUAUGAAGACCAUGUCUCAAGAUGAAUUUGUUGCCUACAUAAGGAGGCAAAGCAGUUGUUUCUCAAGAGGUACUUCAUCAUACCGGGGUGUAACCAGACGAAAAGACGGUAAAUGGCAGGCACGAAUUGGUAGGAUUGGUGAGAGUAGAGACACCAAAGACAUUUACCUUGGGACUUUCGACACUGAAGAAGAGGCGGCUGAAGCUUAUGACAUAGCAGCAAUUGAGCUUCGGGGUGUUCAUGCCGUUACCAACUUUGACAUUAGUAACUACUGUGAAGAUGGUUUGAGAAAACUAGAAGGCCCGUCAGAAGUGGCGAAGCUGGAAGGUCCAUCUGAGGUCAUGAAGCUCGCUGGACAAUAG